UGUAUUAUACAGUAAAACCUGUUGUUCCAUUAUCACAUUUCUUGUUUCACCUGCCAUAUCUCUGACCAGUCAGAAAGAAACGAUGGUAACUGAAGAAGAACAUUUCCGUAGCAGCCGUUUUUUCAACAGUGAAAUGACGUCAUUAACUGGACUUGCCGUUUAGCCCUAAGGCUAGUGGAAAAUAGUGGAAUUCGGAAUUGCGGAUCUCGUCGACCCACACUGAGAUAUUUUGUUGAAUUCAAGACAGUAAGCAGCAAUCGUGAGAUACGUGUAAAAGAAGGUUCUUCAAUCUGGGGUGUAAGGAUAAGCCACUAUAUAUUAGGCACAUGAUCGACGAGAAGAAACGAUUUCCAGCAUGAUCUGCUGCAGAAAUUGUGCAAAGACAGCAGUAGUUCUUACAGUCUUGGCCCCUCUUCUUACUUUGGUUGUUUUGGGAGUAAGCCAUGACAAAAUUGGCUCUAGCCAGAACAUUAGGCAGGAGGAAGGAAAACCAGUCCAACCAAUUGCAAAUCAUGUCAAGAAACAGAGCAAUUUGAUAACAGAUAGUCAUGGAAGUCUGUUGUUUGAUCCUCCGCUUCUUGAUUUUGGAGACUGUGCUGUUAGUGUUGUGUGGAGGCAAAAAGUCAAUAUCAAGAACAACAGGAUUAACGAAAAGCCCAUCAACAUCCUUUCAAUCUCUGGUUCAUCACUUCAUUUCCACUGUUCAUUUGUGGAGGAUAAAGUACUUGAGUCAUCGGCAAAUACUUCUUUUGAAGUAGUUUUCCUUAGCAGAGAGGAGGGAUAUGUAGAAGACACCUUGUACAUCCACACCACCAGGGGUUCAUUCCCCUAUCGAAUACAAGCCCGCGGUCUUCCCAAUCCUUUUCUUGCUAAGCCAUUCGUUAACGUACGGAUUCCGGUCAAUACAACUUUUUCCCCACUAAUUCAUCUCUACAACCCGUUUGCAUCCGCACUACAGGUUCUAGAAAUGUUCGGCAGUAGCUGCGACAUUCAUCUGGAAAUGCCGAUGGGGGGAGAGCGCGAAAACGAAUCGCUCGACUGGUGGCUCAUCCCACCACAUCAAAGCAAAGCCAUUGCCAAAGUCAACUUUCUGGCCAUGAGAGCGCUUAACGUCACUGCUUUCGUAAGGAUACGAACCAACUAUACAGCUCAUCCUCACGGCUCACUGAUGUUGCCCAUCAGUCUGGAAGUGACUAGUCAGCCGUUACUUUUUUGCCCUCAGCAGUACCUUGACUUUGGAGUAGUCGAUGCCAACGAUCCUCCCAAAACGCUUAAACUUUUUGUGAUAAAUUCUGGCAAUCGACCCAUCACCGUUCAGACCGUGACGGCGAUGCCACUAAGCGAAGGAUUGUCGAUCGAAUUCAGUCCAGUCAAGGUCCCGCCAUCUCUGACAACACCGACCUUGGUCGCCCUAGUUUCAUUUAAUCCUUCUAGUGUGAGUCAACUGAGAACGGCCAGCGGUCGAAUUGUGGUCCAGUCCAAGAGUGGCCAAUUCAAAGCUACCGUCGGCUAUCAAAUCACGGUUGCGGCCAGUUACUUGCGGUAUAAUCGUUCGUCGACUCAAUUUUUGGCCAGCCAACACCUGCAACUGCCGUCGUGCCAGACACUAAGUGUCGAUAAUGAAUUUGCCCUCCCCGUCGACGUUCUAAGCGCUGCUCUCUCUCCACAGGAGUACAUUGAAGCGCGGAAUUUCAGUCAGACGGUUUUGAGAACUCGGGAGCAAGGAUUGUUGUUGCAACUGUGUUUAGUGAAAAUGCCACCUCUUCUCGGGACACCGUUUGUGGUUAAUCUCCAUCUGAAAACGAACGCCUCGGCCGGGCUGGACAUUCCUGUGAGCGUCUUUUCCGGCAAAGUCGUUCCCAUUUGGAGAGACGAACAGGAAGAGGACGAAGAACCCGAAUCGAGAAGGAACAAUUCAACGAAUCGUUUCAUUGGUUGGCUCACGGAAGGUUCCAGCAAAGAAAUCCACCUGGCUUUGUGGAAUCCCAAUCCCGUGGGAGUCUCCCUUCAAGGGUGGGGUACGAAUUGCAGCAACGCCGUCCUGACGUACCUCGGUAGCGAAAGCGGAACGCCAGCUCAAUUCAAGAGCCGCUUUCACUUUGGCAAUUUGACGAUGGCGACGACCGUUCGACCGGGAAGCUUUGCCGUUUUCCAAUUACAGAUCCUGAUGCAACAAGACGAAGCGCGGGAGGUUGAUGUUUCUUCAGCGUUGUUCGUUCACGUGCGCACCGUUUUAGAAACGGUGGCAAUUACACUGCGUUAUCGGACCGUGACAGGAAGCAUUCGAACCAUUCCUGAUCCACUUCCCUGGAAAGCCAAUUUUUUAGAUCCAUACUUGACUACAGAGGUCCGCCUCAAUUCGACACUUAAUGAAUCUGUGACGGUGGUGGGUUUCCAAGCUCCAGCGCCCUUUCAGCACAAGCUGAGUUUUAACCUGUACAACGGCAAUACGUCUUCGAUCAUCCACGCCAUGCAAUCGGCCGGCGUCGCUCGACUGGCCUAUCCGCUUGACUGGCAUUGCGCCGCAUCUCCCCUCAGUAAAUUAGUGAGCGACUGGCAAUUGGGUCAGCAACGUUGGUGGAACGCUCUCGGCGAUCUUGAUCUGACAACAUCACUCUAUCGCUGCUAUGAAUCUCUGAGUCAAUCCAUCUGGAAUCAGGUGGCAUCGGUGAAGCUCGUCACCAAGGAGAUUGGCUUCACCGAGAUGCCCCUGCGGGUGGACGUGAAUUGGCCGCGGUUAGCUACAAAGCGCCGGCUUCAUUUCCCCUUGACCGAAAUGGGACGCAGCAGCCGAAUGGAUUUGAAAUUGGCCAACCCGACGGCCAGCGUCGUCCUGGCGCAGAUCCUCUGGCUCGAAGACGCACAAGUGGAGAUGAAAGAUUUGGUGUCCAAGUUGCCGGCCCAUUUGACAGAAGGCAUUGAAUUGCCUUCCUUAGGUGGCCUCAAAAAGAAUAAACAGUUGCAACAGAACCUGAAACGUUCGGCGUUUGUGCUGACAGAGGCUGAGGGCGAUGAACAGCAAGAGUCGCAGGAUAGCGUCAUGGUCUAUUUGACACCUGGCUCCCAAGCACAAUUAAGCGUGACGUUUAGUCCUACCACAGACCUCAAGUACCGAUCGCUGCUCGUCAUCAAGAACAACGUGACAGGCCUGGAACUGGUGAGUCUAUCGGGGCAAGGACAAUCGGCAAAAUUCUUGCUGGCAAACCGCAAGCCCGGCUCGACGCAACCGCUCCUUUUCGACAUCGGAGAGCAACACCUCAAAAAUUGCGAGACCGGGCCCAAUGGCGGCGGUUCGUGGCAGAGUCGUUUCCAGUAUUUGCUGCCUAGUGUGACAGUCAAGCGAACGUUUACGGCCAGAAAUCGCGGCCCUUUCCCCAUCACCAUCACGGGAUUCGACAUCAAUCAGUCGCCGUGUGAAGGCUACGGUUUCAGAGUUCUCCAGUGUCAGCCUAUGACGCUCUUGCCCAACCAAAGUCUCUCGAUGGAGGUGGCUUUCACGCCAGACUUCACCCAGACUCGCGUCGUUCGAACUCUGAGACUCCACUCGACCGUUGGUGGCCAGGACACUCCGCUCAACUACACGCUGAUGGCUACAUUACCAACUCAUAUGCUGGUCCUCUGUGCGGCCGUCCUUCCGCGACCCAACUGGGAGCAGUUCUUCUAUUACGGAUCGGUCGCCGUCUCCGUCUUUCUCCUGCUCUGUGUCGUCACGGCCGCAACUUUGGAAGCUGAUCGGAUCCUCCGUUCUGGCGUCGUCUCCAUGGUGACGGUCGUGGCCGCUCACUCUGCAACUCGGGAAGCGAGCGAUUUAGAAUAUUCGCCAUCCACUGCUGGCCAUUUGCUUGAUCUCAGGGCUGUCGGCAAGGAGGCAACCACUCAAUUGUCUUCGAAACCGGCUCCGUCUCCUCCUUCUGCCCUUUCUCCUUUAAUUGAGGUUAGCGCCAAAAGUACAACUGGGCGUGGCAAGAAGAACAAAUCCAAGAAUAAAUCACGAUCGGCGUUACAACCGACGGCUCCACUGGGGACGGUUAAGCCUCCCCUCGUCUCUUGGACCCCACCCGCUCCGAAACGUUCAGCCACACCUUCGCCCACCAUAAGCAGUUCGUCUCAGCGGAGCCAAACGCCCCCGCUGUCUGCGAACGUGCCUCCACCACAACCUUCACUGCCAGUACCGACUCUCAAAGUCGUCACUACCAAGGAGGAGACACGUUUGUUUAAACCUAAACCCAAUAAUAAGAAGACGAAAUCUAAAUCGACUCCUACUGCUCCUUCCACUAACGAAGACACGAAACAACAACAUGCAGCCAAAGCCGCUCCCGUUCAGUCCGUUACCCCUGUACUUGCCGUCGUUACUACUACUCCUUCACCUUCCAUCCUAGUUGUUGCCUCAUCACCACCCGUUCCAGCGCCACAGCCCACGACAACAACCACUGAUGAACCGAGUGAAAAGCGCGGACGAAGCUCUUCGGUUCCUUCAAACAACCGGAAUAAAGCCAACGUCACGCCGACUGUCCAAAAAACUAAAAAUCACCCGCCUCCUCCGCCGCAACCACCCAAGAGUUCCGCCACUCCACCAGUAAUUGUCCCAACAACAACGACCAGCGUUGCAACUGUUGUAGAGGCACCUAAAAAGAUGACCGAGACUGCAGCAGCAACCGUGACGGUGACAACAACAACAACAACAUCGACGGCAGCGACGCCUGUGGCUUCUGUUUGGCAACCACGAACGCACAAUAAAUCCUUGGUUAAAGCCCCUGUCACUCCUUUACUUCAGCAGACAACCAACCGUCCCCAACCACCUGUUGGUAAAAUCCUACCAGAAGUCCGACGCGUCACCGAAGAACAUCCGGUGCUGCCCAAACCGAUCGGUUAUCGACACGUUCGCGAAAAGGCUUCGCCACCGCCGCCGCCGACAUGUUCGACAUGGAACACAGAACCAAAUCAACCUUGGUACAGUUUGACUACACCUACGAGUCCACCAUCGGCUCCUUCCGGCGCCUGGUGGCCAGACGGAAGCAGCAACCCACUUCAUUAUCUGGAAUCUUCGCCCGACUGUUGGUUUGGAAUGCCCCGUCUGACUUCCGAUUACACUGAAUCGGCGAGUAUCGGCAGUUCUAUGUGGCCUGCCAGCUCCACUAAUCAAUCUGGAGGUCCUGCCACUCCCGACGUAUGGCCAGAAGUCCAGCCGAGCCCUCCAAGUCCAUUACUACAGACCCUAAACAAUACAGCUCCAGUGAGUCGUGUUUAUUCUCCAUGGUCUGUACCUCAUUGGUUCGACAUCACCCAGACGAGGCAGCAACAACAACGACAGAGUCAAGAUCCUUUGCUUCAUCUUAAUCCUCCUAACGUAGUUUCUACUAGCAACCAGCUGUUACAGAAUAACAGUCUGUGGGACUCUUCAGCAACACGCAACAACAAUAACAGUAGCCCACCCAGCAAUGAAUCUUGGCCGUCUUACUCCCAGUUUUAGUUUUGAUACGUUCACCUGACUCUUUUUUCUGGUGUACCCAGCUUAAUUGUUGCAUUCUUUAUUAUUAAUUUUUUUUUUCUGUUCCUUAUCGCGCCCUUUUAAUGUAGUGAAGAAAAGAGUGGACACAAAAUGAAGCAGCAUGGAAUAUGAAAACACGUCAUACCUCUCUCUGUGAGAUACGUUUCCCCCACGACGACGACACAAGAAACCAAGAUGAUUCGGGAUUAUCGCUUGUCGCAUGGUCCCGUUUUAUAUGUUGAAAAGCACACAGACAUACACACAGACGCUACACGUUUAAAUUGAUGUUGAUGCCAUAAAAACACAUGCCAGGAAACGGAUGCAGAGUUACAGGUCUCCGUUUUGAAAAAAUGGAACCCAGACCUCGGUUGAAGUUCCCGCUGCUGAUUAUAAUGAGCCUCCCUUAGAGAAAUUUCUCUAAUCCCUCAUAAAACAAAAUUAAGACACUUGAAUUGAAAAAUACAAUAAAGUGGAUAAAACUUU